ACCGUACCAAUCUACAUGCGCGCGAGAUUCGACUUCAAUUGACUGACCGAAAUUCUAAAGUUAAAGGAUGAUAAAAUGGGUGUUACCUGCGAUGGUGUGAAGGCAUGGUUGAAAUCUUGUCAUAUCUCUGUACUGGGAGAAUGGGUAGAAGCCUGUGUUGAAUGGAUACAACAAGAACACCAGACUUUUUUUUGUAUAGGGUACAGUAUUUUCUGGGAGUCAGCUGUGUAAGAUGGUGUAUGAGCAAUGGUUAGAUUCAGACUUAAGUGAGAUUGCCACCCCAUGCCUGCCAGCUGGGAUCAAACAAGCCAAGAAAACACAACUCAAAGGAAACUAUGCCCUACAGGUGAAUUGUAUUCAAGAUAUUUCCAGCCCAGCAUAUGCUCAACUCACCAAGCUGCAGGGUCGAGUAAAUGAGAAUGCCUUGAUCACAGCAGCACCACCUACUCAGGGAAAGUUUGAGCCGCCAGCCAGCCGAUUGUUGAUGCUGUCUUUGACUGAUGGACAAGAGACUAUCCAGGCCAUGGAAUACAGGCCAGUGCCAUGCUUGACCUCUAACAUCAAUCCAGGGGCAAAGAUCAUAUUGUCAGGUGAUAUGCAGUGUAGACUUGGUGUAAUCCUAGUGACACCUACCCAUGUCAAGGUUCUUGGUGGUGAGGUAGAGGCACUCAAAGAGGCCAACACUCAAGAGAAGAUACUAGCAAGAGCGAUCGGAGUGACUGCCCCUGACAGACCGACUGAUAGCAUCAACCAGGAAGCAACCGGCAACGCUACCACUGCUACGACCACAACAGGACAGGCCACCUUCUCCGCAGCUGCUGCUGUACCACAUCAACCAACCCCCAGUGAUAACCAGCAACAGGCACAUCAUCAACGCAAUGCACUUCCGAGUUGGCACAGCAAGGCUCCAGUAAAGCAGGAGCCACGAACCAACGCUUCCACUCAACAGAGAUGGAACCAGGGGCACGACGGGUCAGUCACUGACAGGAAACCGACCAUUCAUCAAGGAUCAAAUCAAAGUCACUCCAUGACAAACCAAGACAUCGACCCUGCCGGUCAACAGGGUUGCAGUCACGGUCACCCAAGGUCAGUGCAAGAUUCCAGACAAGCUGGUCAUCACCGAAGCCAUCAAGGUCAGUCGCGGUCGAACCAAGACAUCAAGACUGCAGGGUUCCAAGAUGCUUUCCUUGAGGAUGAUUUUGAUGAGGGAUUGGAUGAACUCAUGCUAGAGGAACUGGAGAAUUUGGAGAAGAAGGAAGCACAGAAGAUUAAGACGGAACCUAAGAUUGCUCAUCACGAUUGGGAAGUGGAGGAUAUUGAUGAAGAUGAACUCUUAGCCAUGGAAUGGGAGAGCAGUAAUAAACCAGUCCCGAACAGACAAAGACAGAACAAUCCUACUGAAGAUCCUUCCCAUAGACGUACUACUGCCAUCGGAGCAACUGACUUUGGUCAAACUAAUAGACAAUCAAGCUCAGUAAAACCUGUAUCAAAUGUUGGCAAAGUAUUUCAGGACAGUGAUAGGACUAGUAAACCCCUUGGCAAGUCCCAGCUUGCUACAGCACCAAAAACAUCUCCUAUAUUUGCAUCGAAUGUUGUACCCCUCUUUAAGCGGGAGGUAAAGCCACCUGAUCCUGCAAGGGACAACGCUUCAAGAAUGGUGCAAGGGCCUCAAAGGACAGUAUCACCUGAAGUCCAAGCCAUGAACUUGCCAAGAACACAACAUACAAAGCAUGUUGGUGAGCAUGCAUUUGAUAGAGGUGCAAAGCAGUCUGUGAAUCCUAAGAUGGCCGUUGCUACACGGAUCAUCAAAACAGAAUCGGUCUCCCAGCAUGGCCUGGGUGAUGCUACCCGAAGGACUCUAGGGAAGACCAGUGUUGAUCCACUGCCAGGAGGUCCAGAGGGAAGUGACUUUGUUUCAGCUCAAAGUCUUGUGAAGUCUGAAGAGGCGGAGAAUGCACCCAAGAGAAUGAGAAUGUACUCUGGUCCUCAGUGUGCCCGUCCUUUUGUCUAUCUCAUCAAGAUGGCCGACCAGCUGGAGAGGAAAGAAGCCUGUCGAUUUGAUGUCAAGGGUUUCAUAAUGACUCUUGUAUCAAGCCUGUCUCAUAACCCAACCUGGAGUCUAGCUGCUAAGAUCAACGAUGGCACCAUGUCCUUGGAUAUAGAUAUCUCGGACAAGGUUUUGUCUGACAUGAUUGGUUUUACUGUCCCUGAAAUGAUGGAGAUGAAAGCCAGAAUGAAGAAGUGCGGAAAGGAACAGGUCAUUGAAAUAAAGGAAACUAUUAAACAGGGUAUUGGCCGAUGCCAGCAAACGCUGAUAGAUCUAUCUUGUAUCAUGACAAUUGAGGUGAGGCCAGAAUGUCCUAGGCCCUUGCUGAUUGCCGUAAGACAACCUACCAUGGAUGAUUGCAAUGCCCUCCGUCGGUGCCUUGAGGAAAGCUCGUGACGUCUCCUAUAGCCCCUGAUAGAUAUUUACUGCAUUAUGACAAUUGAGGUGAGGCCAGAUCCAGCCAAUUCAUAUCUGUGUUCCCAAGUCACUAGGAUCAUCACAAGACAGAAAAAUACUACAAGAAUAAACACAUAUGUCUCAACCUCCAAAGGUUCCAAUGGCGAGCCACACCCAUGGAACAUUUCCAAGAGGUCUCCAACAUGUACCACAUAAAAAAGGGAAAAAAGGGAAAAUUAUAGUUCCUAACCCUUGACUUUCUUGACCAUAAUUGGAUAAUGGCCAACAAAAAGUCCAUAUAGAAAAAUAUGUUAGACAUAUUUCCAAAAUUUCCAUCAUGAAGUCUUUGAAACAAUCGGACUGCAUUUGCAGUGGUGUUAACCGCAAAACUUCCACUAUGCAUUUGCUCUUUUGGCCUAAUUACAAAAUAGACAUCACAUUUAUUUUGUUUUCAAGUUUAUUUUUACCCCAUUGUUUAGAAAUUGAGUUUCAUUAUCAGACACCAAUUCAUCAACACAUUCUUUGCAAAUGAAAAUGAAUAUGUCACUUUGAAAACGGGUGUAGCAGACCUGCCAACCUCUGGGAAUGAAAAACUGUAUUCUGUGAUAAAAAACUGUAUUUUUCCCCCAAAAAAUGUAUUUCAUAAUAAAGUACUUGGUACACUCGCUCAUCACGACGCUCAAGCUGCAUGCAAGCUAAAAUGCGCACUGCUCUUGCAGAUGAAAAAAAAAAACAUUGAAACAUAUGUAUAUCUCACACUGGUUUUAACAAAAUGAUUAAAAAAAACAAGUUACCUGAGAUGACAUUGAUCAAAUAACCAUAUUUGUGUACGCUUUAUGAAAUAGAGACAUAUAGAGAUGAUUUCUCUCAAUAAAUUACGAUUAAAAAAACCCCCAUAUUUUCAAAGAAAAAACGUACUGCCGAAUUUCGGUUGCAAAAACAUACUAAAUACGCCUAAACGUACUGGUUGGCAGGUCUGGUGUAUAUGUCAUGAACAAUCUCUUUCAAGACCUGCAAGCAGUCCAACAUUCUCAUUCUCAAAAUAUGGCAUGCUGCAUUUAGCACAAAAUGUUUCAUCAAUAAUAAUAAUAGUGUAUAUUUGAAGAGUGCGCACACCGUCAGUAGACGCUCAUGGCGCUAGCCGAGCAACAGUUCUCUUUUACAAUGGAAAAAUGAGAUUUUAUAGAAAUUUAUAUAAAUACUACACAAUGCCUGCUUCAUGAUCAGCAUCUGAAGAAUCUUGUUCAUUUUGCACAUAAUCAGCUUCCGAGCUUUGGUGGAUUCUGAUAUCCAUUUCAUGAACAUGGUUCCACGAUCACCAAGAUCUACUCACAAUCCAUUUAUGUGUGAGAAUUGUCUUGUCUUCAACGAGUUCAGAGAGAGAUUUCUGAAUCACAUCUUCAUGAGCUAUGAUUUCGGAAACCACCUCUUCCUGGGUAAAAUUAUCUCGUUUCUGCUGGAAAACCACCAUGAUUACUCCAAACAAUUUUAUACAGCUUCUUGAAAAUCCAUUCUCCUUUUGAUCAUGUUUUUUUUCCCCAGUGCAUCCAUAUCAACCACAUAUCUAUUAGCUACACAGAGGAUGUGCUUGCGCCCAUGUUACUUUGAGAUGAAAAAUUGUUGGGAAAUUGAUCGAAUGUGUUGAUGGUUUGAGUGUUACUCCCAGGCCUAUUAACAGCUAUCUCAGCGCGCGACAAUGGCGACGGUCCCAGACCAGUAAAAAUUGCUGUUGGACCAGUAACUUUUCAGAAAUAGCCAGAUUUACUGGUCCGACAUGACUAGUAAAAAAAUAUAUCAAAUUGAUACAAAUGAUAUUUUCUCCUCUUUUGUCUCCUCUUUUGUUAAUUACAAAAAUGGCUCUGGCAUCUUAAGAAAUGACUUACUAAAAUUGAGAAAUGGCUCUCAUGAAUUAUGUUGUGUGUGUGUACUGGUUUUUGUCUCGCCUGCAUAGCAGAGCGAGACUAUAAGCUUUUUUGACGGCGGCGGCGUCGUCAACAUUGAAAUCUUAACCAAGGUUAAGUUUUUGAAAUGUUGUCAUAACUUCAAAAGUAUAUGGACCUAGUUCUUAAAACGUAGACAUAAGGGUAAUAGUGUAUCACUGAAUAUCCUGCCUGAGUUUCACAUCACAUGAUUAAGGUCAAAGGUCACUUAGGGUCAAUAAACUUUGGCCAUGUUGGGGUUAUUUUAGGAAUUGUCAUCAUAACUUUAAAAGUUUAUGGAUCUAGUUCAUGAAACUUUGACAUAAGAGCAACCAUGUAUUCGUGAAUAUCAUGGGUGAGUUUCACAUCGCAUGAACAAGGUCAAAGGUCACUUAGGGUCAAUGAACUUUGGCCAUAUUGGGGGUAUUUGAGGAAUUGUCAUCAUAACGUUGAAAUUUUAUGGAUCUAGUUCAUAAAACUUGGACAUAAGAGCAAUCGAGUAUCUUGAACAUCUUGUGCUAGAUUCAGGUCACAUGAUCAAGGUCAUUUAGGGUCAGUAAACUUUGGUAAUGUUGGGGGUAUUUGUGGAAUUGUCAUCAUAACUUUAAAAGUCUAUGGAUUUAGUUCAUGAAACUUGGACAUAAGAGCAGCAAUGUAUCCCUGAAUACCCUGUGUGUGUUUCAGGAACAUGGCCAAGAUCAAAGGUCAAUUAAAGGUCAAUGAACUCUGGCAGUGUUGGGAGUAUGUGUUGCAUUGGCAUCAUAACUUAGGAAGUUUAUGGCAAUUGCUCAUGAAACAUCGACAUAAGGGUAAUCAAGUAUGAAUGAUUGUUUUGCACAUGUCUUAGGUCACAUGAUCAUGGUCAAAGGUCAUUUUUGGUCAAUGGACAUAAUAUUUUAUUAUCAUAUUAGUGUUUUCUUCUGUGAAUAAUUAUUCAUUAGCUGUUUUUCAAAGGAAGCACUGCUGCUAUAUCGAAUUGUGUAAUGCAGGCGAGACUGCCAGAGGCGUUCCACUUGUUUUUCUUCUUGAGGGGGGAGGGUGUAGCGGCGGAUUUGGGGAAAUCGUUCUAAAUGGCCGAUAUCGUUUUUAAUUGGAACCAUGUCCGCCGGGCUUGAUGUGGCUUGAUGUUUGCAGAUUGGUUCUAUUGACUAUACGUGUAAUAUUGAUUUGGACAGACAACCUCGGCAUAUAACAGUAGAUCUAACGUUAGGCCUAAUACUAGUAAUAGCACUUGCCCUCUGCAACCACCUCGCAUUGGAUAACAAAAUCAAUUUCCAUGUUUACAAUC